UAACUCUAACUCCGGUCCAACGCGCGCACCCGUCAGCGGAGGAAAGGAGAGGACAGAAGAGCGGCAGAAAGACAAAUAACACACAGACCCAAUUAACCCUUUAUUCUGACUAAACCCGCUCACUAAACACACCGCCAGCAUGUCAGAGGAAAAGCCAAAGGAGGGAGUCAAGACUGAGAACGAUCACAUCAACCUCAAGGUUGCAGGGCAAGAUGGGUCGGUGGUCCAGUUCAAAAUCAAAAGACACACACCGCUCAGCAAACUAAUGAAGGCGUACUGUGACCGACAGGGUCUCGCAAUAAGGCAGAUCAGGUUCAGGUUUGAUGGCCAGCCCAUCAAUGAGACGGAUACACCUGCACAGCUGGAGAUGGAAGAUGAAGACACCAUAGAUGUUUUCCAGCAGCAGACAGGCGGGCACUGCUAAGCCCCACCUGAUUGACGGCCACCCUCAGACCACACCCUCAGCCACCUUCACUGUCCCUCCCCUCCCCAUCGCUCCUCUCAGCCUAUUAUUAUUAUUAUUAUCAUUAUUAUUAUUAUUAUUAUUAUUUCUUCAGUUUAAAGAUGUCUGUCAUGGUUUUUCGUCAGGUGUGUGGGGGGAGGGGGCUCCUCAGCUGUUUAUGUACUGUCUCAGCCAGGACUGAACUUUUGUGCGUGUCAACAGUCUCUCCGCUGGCCAAUCAGGACAACAUUUCCUUCUGGCACCGCAGGCUGUGAUUGGACCAACAGCACGUCACAGCUGUUCCUGGUUUGUCAGUGCUUCUCAUUCACUCUCCAGUGAAAGCUUAGUAUCCAGUAGUUUCAUCCAUCGGGGUCGAAUGUGUGGCUCUGCAAGUUUUUGUCCGGGGUCACAGUCAGUGGGCAUGAAGUUUUUUGUUUUUUUUUGAAGUGGAAGCACUAUCUGAACUUAAUACACACACCCGCCUUCCAUUUCACUUCGCUUUCGUGUGCUUUUUGUCUGAACGGUGACUCCUGCUCUUCUGUCAAAAAGGUAUUUUAAUUCUCUCAGCAUUUUAGGUGCUUUUGCUAAAGAGUUCUGCAAUGUUUUUGUAUUUUUUUUGAUUUUUUUCUUUUAAGAAUUAACACCCAGGGGGCUUGUUGAUUUUUUUCUUGUACAGAAGUAUCAGAGUGGAUGUUAGAUAAGUUGGGUUGCUUGGACCAAUGCUCCAAAGACCGAACUUCUGUUUCAUAUUUGAUGUACUUGGAUCACUCUAAAAGCAAACUGCAAGGUCAAAACUGUCACAUUUUAAGGGAGUUUGUAUUUCAUUAAUGUUAUUUGCUUCCUCUUCUACUAAUUGAGAAAGGUUCUCUGUGGGUAUCCGUGGUACAGACGUUUAUUCGCUCAUCCAGACAAAUGCCUGUUUAGGGGAGGGAAAUUUAAUUUAUCCUUUGUUGGAAUCGUUUGGGGUCUGGCUUUAUAAGAAAAGUCUCUCGAUGUGAAAUACAUAACAUUUUGUUUUCUUUCCCUAUUUUCUGAUGAAGCAGGCCAGUGGCCAGUCCCUAUGCGAUUCUUACAAGUGGCUCUGCUUGUGGGUUUUACAUUUGAAAGCGGGUGGGAAUAACUGGAGGGUCGUUCUUCAACGCUGUUUCAGCUGUCUCAUCUCUGUAUUGUCCUUGCGAAUGUAGGCUGAUGGGACAACUGAUUCUAGAUGUGUUUUUGAAGACGAGCAGCUUCCAGUUUUUAGCAAGGAUAUCAAACAAAAGCCGGUAUGUUUUUAACACGUUUUGAAGACACCUUUCACUGCUACAUCUGCUGUCUAGCUGUUUCCUUUUUGUAUAAAAGGCAGGCCAGUUGUUAAAAAGCCCGAUUGCAGUGUUGCAAACAGUGAAGAUAUCCCAAGUGGUGACGAGUGUCUCCAAAAUUGUACAGUUCAGAGAAUGAUGCAUGCAGUCAGUUGCAUAUCGGGAGGGCAGGGAGGCCAACCAAUGGAGUUUGGGAGAUAAGUGUUCUGUACCCACAGGGCCCCGUUCUUCGUACGCAGAUAACCGAGUUGGCUUGAUUUGUUUGUCGAUGGCCUGACAUGAGCUUGGAUUUUUCAGCUCAGUCUGGUUUGAAAUGUGUCCGUCGUUGAAGCAAGUAGUCCUGACGCACAAAACCUGCAAAAGUGUAAUUUUUUUCAGAGAGAGUUGGACCAUGAAACCCCUUUUUUAAGUUUACCAAUUUUAGUUUAUCUUCAGAUGAGGCUGAAUCUUAAGAGGCACUAAUUGAUCAGUAUUGUCAUAACUGAACAAGGUUUUAGUUCAGUAGUCAUACAUACUACAACGUACAACAAAAUAAAACCAAAACAUUUAAAAAAAAAAAAAAUUCAACUUGUUUGGCGCAGUAUUUCUAAAUGAAUAUUUUACAGAAAUGUUUGAAAAAGCAUCACUGUACUGCCACCUGCUGAAAUAUUCACCACUGUCCCCAAUAAAUACAGAACUACAUUUUAUUUAAAGGGACUACCCAACUCUCAUCUUUCCCACAGUCAUUAACAACAAGCAUUUGACAAAAUUGUGUGGUACAGAGACGUGCUAAAUCUUCGUGUGAUUACUUCUUGAGGACAUGCCUCCGCACAAGCCAAUCACAAGUAGCGAUCUCGGUUUUAGCUUUCCUGUCUCACAAAAUAAGAGCACAGUUAUAAACGCCACCUUCCACUUUCGUUUAAAGUACUGAGGUAGCUGGAUAUAGAUCUUUUUGAGCUAAGCCAUGUAAUGUACGAAGAACGGGGCCCACGUCUUGUCAUGUUAUUUGUUUCUCUACUGAUUUGUACAUUAUUUGUGGUCUUUUACUACUGUAUACAAUAAAUAUAGUUUGGUACUCAGA